AUGUCAUUCAAAGUUCUUUCAGCCAAGCUAGCAGCUGCAGCUGACCAAGAAUUGAUGAGCACAGGUGGCUUCUCAAUUGAUCAAUUGAUGGAAUUGGCAGGGCUUGCUGUUGCAGAGGCUACUCAUAAAUCAUUUCCUUUGUUGAAAGAUGUUUUAGUCUUAGUUGGACCAGGUAAUAAUGGUGGUGAUGGGUUAGUUGCAGCUAGACAUUUAAAGCUUUGGGGUUACAAUCCAUCCAUAUAUUACCCAAAACAUUCUUCAAAACCAUUGUUUCAAAAUUUGGAAACACAAUUGAAGAAUUUAGAUAUUGAGUUCAUCUCUUCAUUGAAUGCAAUCAACAAUUACCAAUUAAUUAUUGAUUCCAUCUUUGGUUUCUCCUUCAAGCCACAAGGUGGUAUCAGACCUCCAUUUAAUGAAGUUAUUCAAACUGUUAACAAGACAUCAAUUCCAAUCUUGUCUGUGGAUAUUCCAUCGGGUUGGGACGUUGAUGAUGGAUUUGUUGAAGGUGGAUUAAGAAACCCAGAUGUUUUGGUUAGUUUGACAGCACCAAAACCAGUGGCCAACCAUAUCAGUGAAAAGACCCAACACUAUGUUGGAGGAAGGUUUAUUGGACCUAAAUUUGCAAAGAAGUAUGGAAUUGAUCAAUAUGAUUAUAGAGGAUACGAUCAAGUGUUGAAAUUAUCCAAGAUUUGA